AUGGGAGGAGGAAACGCGAACACCGACGAAGGGAUGAGCGCGAACCUUUCGCAGCUGAAACGGAAAGCGCAAACGAAAGUGAAAGAGUUCAUCCACACGGCGCAAGCGAAACGGGAACAAGUGGAACGCGAACUUUCGAUUGGAGGUGAUGGUUCUGGUCAUCAAGACGGGAAGCACUCGCUCGCGUUCAAGUGCGUGCGCUUAAGAGAACUCGUGAGAUUGGUUCGUAACGCGAAAACGAAACAAGAGGAACGAUCGAUAGUGGCGAAAGAAUCCGCGGCGAUACGAGACGCGUUCGCGGACGCGAAACUGUCCAACAUGUUUCGACACAGGAACGUGGCGAAGUUGUUGUUCGUGCACAUGCUGGGGUACCCGACGCAUUUCGGGCAGAUGGAGUGCGUGCAGUUGACGGCGAUGGCGGAUUACGCGAAUAAACGGUUGGGGUAUUUAGGAUUGAUGACGCUGAUGGACGAACGCUCGGAAGUGACGAUGCUGAUUACGAACAGCGUGAAGAGCGAUUUGAUGAGUAAGAAUGUGUACGUGGUUGGGUUAGGGUUGUGCGCGUUGGGGAACAUAUGCACCAGCGAGAUGGCUCGAGACGUGAGCGAGGAGGUGAGGAAGUUGAUGCUGUCGAAGAACAGCUACGUGAGGAAGAAGGCGGCGCUGUGCGCGAUUCGAGUGGCGAAGAAAGUGCCCGAGUUAGCGGAGAGUUUUCUAGAUCCGUGCGAGAGGUUGUUGAACGACAGACAUCACGGCGUUUUGUUAGCCGCGGUGACGUUAGCGUAUAGGUUGUGCGAAGGACCGUCGGACGUUUUUGAGGAUACCGAGGACGUGAGGAAAGCGGACGAGAUUGACGGCGAGUUUGACGAAGACGCCGCCGAUCGAGCAACCGAACGAUUGAGAAAGAAAGUCGGUUCGUUGUGUAAAGUUUUGAAAGCGUUGAAUUCACAGCAGACGAAGAAAAAGAGCGUCGGUUCCUCGAGCGCGAAUAAUAAUAAUAAUAAUAAUAGUAAUAAUCAACAAAGCGAACACGACGUCGGAGGUCACUCGGAUCCGUUUUUACAGGUGCACAUUUUAAAACUUCUGAAAGUAUUAGGCCGAGGAUGUAGCGAGACGUCGGACGAAAUGUCAGACACCUUAGCGCACGUGGCUUCCAACACGGAGUUUUCGAGCAAAAAUUUUGCCGGCGCUUCGAUCUUGUUGGAAUGCGUCGAGUGCAUCGUAGAAACGGAAUCGGUUGGUGGAUUAAGAGUGUUAGCGGUGAAUAUUCUCGGGAAGUUUUUAGCGAGUAAAGAAAACAACGCAAAGUAUGUCGCGUUGACGGCGUUAUCGUCCGUGGUUAAAAUUGAUCAAGGCGCGGUGCAGAGACAUCGAAAAACUAUAGUCGAGUGCGUGAAGGAUUCCGACGUGAGCAUUCGGAAAUCGGCGUUAAACUUAGUGUAUAAUUUAGUUAACGCGAGUAACGUUCGAACGUUAGUGCCGGAACUUUUAGAGUACCUCAAAGUUGCGGACAAAGAGUUCAAACGCGAUUUAACGAAACGCAUCGUAACGCUCAUAGGAGAAAAUGCGCCGGAUGAUCGUUGGCGAUGCGAAAUGACCGUGGAGACGUUUCGUCAGGCGGGAGAAUACGUGGACGAUGUGGACCAAAGAACUUUUUGCGGCGUCGUGUCGCGAGGAGACGAAAAGUUGCAAGCCUUGAUUGGCCGGAGCAUGUUCAAAGCGUGCGUAGAUUUAGGAGAGAACGCAACGCAGCAGUUGAAAUCGACGACGUGUUGGGUGUGUGGCGAGUUUGCGGAUUGCAUAGCGCACGUGCCGACGUUGGAAAACGAAGAGAAGAAUACCGUGACGAUUCAAGAUAUUGCCGCGUUGUUGAAAGUAUUCUUGAGAGACGCGAAAGAAAGUGAAAUUACGAAACAAUACGCGUUGACGGCAAUGACAAAAGUAACGGCGAGAGAUCAAUCGCAAGCUGCGCAAGCGAUUGACGCGAUGAAGCCAUUACAAGCAUCCGUUGACUUGGAAUUGCAAGCCAGGGCGUGCGAAUAUUCGCACAUCAUUGAAGCCGGGUCGGAGGUGUUGACGACGGUGAUGGAACGCGUGCCGCCGCCGGAAGCGCCGAAAUUCGUCGAGUUGGGGAAAAAGAAACGACGAAAAUCGUUAGUUACCAGUAACGCUCGAGCGGUUGGUGAGGAGAACACGAGCGAAAGCGCCGCGUUAGGAGACUUGCUCGAUUUUGGCGGUGAAAAUGAUGUGGUGCAAACGAGUGCUACAGUCGCAAACUCGCCGCCGGCGGCGUCAAAGGUGGUGCUCGCCGCGGCGAAUGUGUUGGACGAUCUCUUCGCUGACAUCGAAUCUGUGCCUGCGUCUGCGCCAGUUGCGCCUCCUUCUCCUUCACACGUGACUGCGCAAGUUGUAUUGAAGCAACCACCGGAAAUUCAUCACUCUCCGCAAGUCUCUUUGGAUGAUUUAUUAGGAGGCGACGUUUCCAUUUCCUCCGCUCCGGCAUCUGCGUCGAAACCGCCGCAAUCGAACAGUACUGAUCCUCUCGCAGAUUUAUUCGGCGACGCGUCUUCGACGCCUGUUCAAUUGAAUUCAAAUCUUGGACCGAUAGCAGCGUCAGUGGCAACGCCGUCAUCUGCGACUGGCUUACUAGACGCGUUUGACGCCUCAACUCCGGCGAGUGCGGCACCGGUGAGCACCGCCGCAAAAGCUUCGGCAUCGCCUUUGGACGAUAUGCUCAGUGGUUUGAGUAUGGACGCGCUACCUGCUCCUUCGCCACAACCUCCAAAGCCAAAGUCACCGAAGACUUGUGCGUUCACUGCGCACAACUCGCAACCUUUGACAAUCGUCUUUGAAUGUACUAAAGACUCCGUCGAUUCGAAGAAAACAACCAUUCUCGCAAAGGUGACAUCUGUGAGUCCGGUUUCGAACGUCGCGUUACAAUCAGCCGUGCCCAAGUCCAUGACCGUAGUUUUAGAACACGCUUCUGGAAGUGCGCUGAAGGGCAGCGGUGAAAGCGAGAUACUCACACAAAUUAUGCGCGUCGAAAACUCCAUGCACGGUGAGAAAGCGUUGGCGAUGAAACUGCGCGUUUCGUACGUGGACGACGCAUCGGGAGCAGAAAAAGUGGAAAUGGUCACGGUAGCCGGUUUCCCGUCGAAAUUCUAG